AUGAGGGGCGGCGCCGCCCCGGGCCACCAGCGAUGGAGCGGCUCGGCGGGGACGACGCCGCGGUCGCUCAGCACUGGCUCCUCGCCGCGGGGCUCCGAACGCAGCUCCGACGACGGGGAGGAGCUGGUCGAGGUCACGCUCGACCUGCAGGAGGACGACACCAUCAUUCUGCGGAGCGUCGAGCCGGCCGCGGCGGGGGCCGCCACCGGGCUGCCGCUGGGCGCGCGCGGGGACCAUGCGGGCGGUGCGUCGUCGUCGUCGCGGUCCCGGUCGCCGUCGAUCAGGCGGACCUCGUCGCACCGGCUGCUGCAGUUCUCGCAGGAGCUCAAGGCGGAGGCCAUGUCCAUCGCGCGCCAGUUCUCGCAGGACCUCACCAAGCGCUUCGGCCGCACCCAGAGCCGCGCGGAAGGGCAGGGGCAUCAGCAGCAGCAGCCGUCGUCAGGCAUCGAGUCGGCCCUCGCUGCCCGCGCCGCGAGGCGGCAGCGCGCGCAGCUCGACCGCACGCGCUUCGGCGCGCACAAGGCGCUCCGCGGCCUCCGCUUCAUCAGCAGCAACAAGGCCAACAACGCCUGGAUGGAGGUGCAGGCCAACUUCGACCGCCUCGCCUGCGACGGUUUCCUCUCCCGCUCCGACUUCGCGGAAUGCAUUGGGAUGACGGAAUCGAAAGAGUUCGCGCUCGAGCUGUUUGACACAUUGAGCCGCCGCCGUCAGAUGCAGGUCGACAAAAUCAACAAGGAGGAGCUGCGCGAGAUCUGGCAGCAGAUCACGGACAACAGCUUCGAUUCCCGCCUCCAGAUCUUCUUCGACAUGGUGGAUAAGAACGCGGACGGCCGGAUUGGGGAGGAGGAGGUGAAAGAGAUUAUCAUGUUAAGUGCAUCUGCCAACAAGCUGUCCAGGCUUAAGGAGCAAGCUGAAGAGUAUGCCGCCCUGAUCAUGGAGGAGCUUGAUCCUGAAGGACUUGGCUACAUUGAGUUGUGGCAGUUGGAGACCCUUCUGUUGCAGAAGGAUACCUACAUGAACUACAGUCAGGCGCUAAGUUACACAAGCCAAGCACUAAGUCAGAACCUAGCAGGCUUAAGGAAAAAGAGUCCAAUUCGCAAGAUAAGUACUACAUUGAGUUACUACUUGGAGGAUAAUUGGAAACGCCUAUGGGUACUUGCAUUAUGGAUUGGAAUAAUGGCCGGACUGUUCACUUGGAAGUUCAUGCAGUAUCGCAACAGGUAUGUCUUUAAUGUGAUGGGCUACUGCGUGACCACUGCAAAAGGCGCUGCUGAAACCCUGAAGCUGAACAUGGCAAUUAUCCUCCUCCCAGUAUGCCGUAACACCAUUACUUGGUUGAGAAAUACAAGGGCUGCACGGGCAUUACCAUUUGAUGAUAAUAUAAACUUCCACAAGACUAUUGCAGCAGCAAUCGUUGUUGGUAUAAUCCUCCAUGCAGGGAACCACCUUGUGUGUGAUUUUCCACGGCUUAUACAUUCAUCAAAUGAGAAGUAUGCUCCUCUGGGCCAGUACUUCGGUGAAACAAAGCCAACAUACUUUACAUUGGUCAAAGGAGUGGAAGGCAUCACUGGUGUAAUUAUGGUUAUCUGUAUGAUUAUUGCUUUCACUUUAGCAACACGAUGGUUCCGCCGUAGCCUAGUGAAGCUUCCAAAACCAUUUGACAAACUGACUGGCUUCAAUGCCUUCUGGUACUCUCAUCACUUAUUCAUAAUUGUGUAUUUGGCUCUCAUUGUUCAUGGCCAGUUCCUGUACCUCAUUCAUGUCUGGUACCGAAAAACGACAUGGAUGUAUCUGGCAGUGCCUGUUUGCUUGUAUGUAGGGGAGAGGGUGCUGAGGUUCUUCAGGUCUGGCAGUUAUUCUGUCAGGCUAUUGAAGGUGGCCAUAUAUCCUGGUAAUGUGUUGACAUUGCAAAUGUCCAAGCCUCCUGCUUUCCGGUACAAGAGUGGGCAAUAUAUGUUUGUUCAAUGUCCAGCAGUGUCACCCUUUGAGUGGCAUCCGUUCUCAAUUACUUCAGCGCCUGGGGACAAUUAUCUCAGCAUUCAUGUUCGACAACUUGGUGACUGGACACGAGAGCUCAAGAGGGUUUUCGCAGCAGCUUGUGAACCCCCAGUGGGUGGUAAAAGUGGCCUUCUUAGAGCAGAUGAGACAACCAAGAAAGUCUUACCAAAACUUCUGAUUGAUGGACCUUAUGGUUCUCCUGCUCAGGAUUACAGCAAGUAUGAUGUUCUUCUACUUGUUGGAUUAGGAAUUGGUGCAACUCCUUUUAUCAGCAUACUGAAAGAUCUUCUUAACAAUAUCAUAAGGAUGGAGGAAGAGGAGGAUGCUUCCACUGAUCUUUAUCCUCCAGUUGGUCCGAAUAAGCCGCACAUUGAUCUGAGCACACUUAUGACAGUCACAUCAAGAUCAAAGAGGGUUCUAAGGACCACAAAUGCCUACUUUUAUUGGGUUACACGUGAGCAAGGUUCUUUUGAUUGGUUCAAGGGAGUCAUGAAUGAGAUUGCUGAACUGGACCAAAGGAAUAUCAUUGAGAUGCACAACUACCUCACGAGUGUUUAUGAGGAAGGGGAUGCUCGGUCAGCGCUCAUCACCAUGCUUCAAGCUUUGAACCACGCAAAGAAUGGCGUUGACAUUGUCUCUGGAACUAAAGUCCGGACACACUUUGCAAGACCAAAUUGGAAAAAAGUCCUGUCUAAAAUUUCCUCCAAGCAUCCAUAUGCCAAGAUAGGUGUAUUCUACUGUGGAGCUCCAGUUCUUGCACAAGAACUAAACAAACUGUGCCACGAAUUCAAUGGGAAAAACACAACGAAAUUUGAGUUCCACAAGGAGCAUUUCUGA